UCUGCGCAGUCGCAGUGGGCGGUGAGAGUUUGAAUGACGAACAGCACUAGAGUUCCAGCUGCCGAACCGAACCGAAGCUGCCGGAGGAACAAGCUGCCGUCCGGAUCUUCCUGCGCUCUCCGGGUGUCUGACGCUCAGCGGCCCGGAGCACGGUGUCUCCGGCUGCGGCUCGGAGAAGCCCCUCCUCCGCGGCUAGGCGCUAGCUAGCCUCGGAGCUAGCCGGAACACGCUAGCGGGCUAAUCCUCGACACAAAGAGGAGUUUGGGUCCGAACCACGCCUCAGCGUGCGAACACACCGGUGGCUGAGGAGCCUGCCUGCCGCAUAGGUCCACCAUGGUGCUGACUGGGAAGCGCUCGGAGAAAGGCCCGGCCUGCUGGAAGAAGAGGGUCAAGUCUGAGUACAUGAAGCUGCGGCAGCUCAAGCGCUUCAGACGGGCCGGCGAGGUCAAGAGCAUGUUCAACACCAACCGCAUGAAGAUCAUGGAGCGCACCGACAUCCUGAACCAGGAGUGGAAGACCCGGAGGAUCCAGCCGGCCCACAUCAUGACGUCGGUGGGCUCGCUGCGAGGAACGCGAGAGUGCACCGUGGACAGCUGCUUCUCCGAGUUCCCCCGGCAGGUCAUCCCGCUGAAGACGCUCAACGCCGUGGCGUCGGUGCCGGUCAUGUACUCCUGGUCGCCGCUGCAGCAGAACUUCAUGGUGGAAGACGAGACGGUGCUGCACAACAUCCCCUACAUGGGCGACGAGAUCCUGGACCAGGACGGAACCUUCAUCGAGGAGCUCAUCAAGAACUAUGACGGGAAAGUCCACGGAGACCGAGAGUGCGGCUUCAUCAACGAUGAGAUCUUCGUGGAGCUGGUGGGCGCUCUGGCUCAGUACAGCGACCAGGAGGAGGAGGACGAGGAGGACGAGGAGGAGGAAGAGCGGGACUACAAGAUGGACGUGGAGCGCCCGGCCCCCGAGGGUGAGUCUGGACCUCCUGCUCCGGGCCCCAGUCUCAGGACCUGGCUCUUGGCGUCUGCAGGUCGAGCGCUUGGCGGUGACGGCGGCGGCAGGAAGUUCCCCUCCGACAAGAUCUUUGAGGCCAUUUCCUCCAUGUUCCCGGACAAGGGUUCCACCGAGGAGCUGAAGGAGAAGUACAAGGAGCUGACGGAGCAGCAGCUGCCGGGCGCCCUGCCGCCCGAGUGCACGCCCAACAUCGACGGGCCGCACGCCCGCUCCGUGCAGCGCGAGCAGAGCCUGCACUCCUUCCACACGCUCUUCUGCCGCCGCUGCUUCAAAUACGACUGCUUCCUGCACCCCUUCCACGCCACGCCCAACACCUACAAGCGCAAGAACCUGGAGAACCUGGUGGACAGCAAGCCGUGCGGCCUGGACUGCUACAUGUACCUGCUGCAGGUGAGCCGCCGCAACCGCCGCCGCCGCCAUGCACCACCUCUCAAUGCUGUGUCCCUCCAGGACGGGAUGGCUGGCGACUUGCCUCUAGGCGGCGCUGAACGUCCCAAGACGCCAUCCAAGCGCUCGGCGGGCCGCCGCCGUGGGCGUCUGCCCAACGGCAGCAGCCGCCCCAGCACGCCCACCGUCUCCUCCGAGACCAAGGACACGGACAGCGAGCGUGAGGGCAGCAAGGACGAGGAGCGGGACGGCGAGAAGGACGACGAGGACAAGAAGGACGACAACACCAGCAGCUCCGAAGGAAACUCACGCUGCCAGACUCCGGUGAAGAUGAAGCUGAGCGGCGAGGCGGAGGCAGUGGACUGGAGUGGCGCCGAGGCCUCGCUGUUCCGCGUUCUGAUCGGAACCUACUACGACAACUACUGUGCCAUCGCGCGGCUCAUCGCCACCAAGACCUGCAGACAGGUGUACGAGUUCCGAGUGAAGGAGUCCAGCAUCAUCGCCCGAGCGCCCGCCGAGGACGAGGACACGCCGCCGCGCAAGAAGAAGAGGAAGCACCGGCUGUGGGCCACGCACUGCCGCAAGAUCCAGCUGAAGAAAGACGGCUCCUCCAACCACGUCUACAACUACCAGCCGUGCGACCACCCGCGCCAGCCCUGCGACUCCUCCUGCCCCUGCGUGACGGCGCAGAACUUCUGCGAGAAGUUCUGCCAGUGCAGCUCCGAGUGCCAGAACCGCUUCCCGGGCUGUCGGUGCAAAGCCCAGUGCAACACCAAGCAGUGCCCCUGCUACCUGGCGGUGCGCGAGUGCGACCCGGACCUGUGCCUGACAUGCGGCGCUGCCGACCACUGGGACAGCAAGAACGUGUCCUGCAAGAACUGCUCCAUCCAGCGAGGCGCCAAGAAGCACCUCCUGCUGGCGCCCUCCGACGUGGCGGGUUGGGGAAUCUUCAUCAAGGAGCCGGUCCAGAAGAACGAGUUCAUCUCCGAGUACUGUGGCGAGAUCAUCUCUCAGGACGAAGCCGACCGCAGAGGGAAGGUGUACGACAAGUACAUGUGCAGCUUCCUCUUCAACCUCAACAACGAUUUUGUGGUGGAUGCGACCAGGAAGGGAAACAAGAUCCGCUUCGCCAACCACUCCGUCAACCCCAACUGCUACGCUAAAGUGAUGAUGGUGAACGGCGACCACCGGAUCGGGAUCUUUGCCAAGCGAGCCAUUCAGACAGGGGAGGAGCUGUUCUUCGACUACAGGUACAGUCAGGCCGACGCCCUCAAGUACGUGGGGAUCGAGCGAGAGAUGGAGAUGGCCUGACGGACACGCCUACCUCUGACCACACACACACGGUUUCACAGCCUCCGAGUUUCACUUUCAGGGACCAAACUUGAGCACCAGCGACGUGCGUGUGUCACCACCAACAGACCUUUGGAUUUUGUUGCUUCUAUUUGAGUUCUACUUUGUCACAAAUUUUGUUUUUUUCUUUUUUAAAUGAGUCCAGACCCAGAGGGGGCGCUGCAGCCCCACGUCACCACCCACGGUCUGGAAUGUCUCUGGUGCUGCUCUGGUGUUUACAAAUGCUUAUGGACUCAGAAUAAAACCUUCAGUCCGAAGCGCUGUCCUGCCCUUCA